AUGGCACUGUCAAACGGAGCUACUGUUAUCAUCUCUGGAUCCCAGCAAGCAAAGAUCGAAGACAAGGUCCAUCUUCUUCGAUCCCUGUAUCCAUCUCUUCCUUCAGAAAAUGUCAUUGGCUACGCGAUCGACUUAAAAGAUUCCGAAAACCUCGAUUCAAAUCUAGGAACGAUGUUUGAGACAGUUACAUCGAACGGCAGCAAAAAGUUGGAUCAUAUCGCAUUCACGGCAGGAGACCACCAUUCGAUACCCAAGCUCUCAGACAUCACCCUUGAGCAAGCCAUGCUUGGUUCCAAAAUCCGACUUAUCGCGCCCUUGUUUAUCGCUAAACUCAUCAGCACCGGAGCGUACAUGCAUCUUACGUCAAAUUCAUCCUUCACGCUCACGGGAGGAAUCGGAACUACAAAGCCUCUGCCUGGAUGGCUAAUUCCGGCAGUCUGGGGAGCAUCUGCAGAAGGAUUAUCGCGUGGGCUUGCAGUCGAUCUUGCGCCGCUUCGGGUGAACAUCGUCAAACCUGGCGCAAUCGAGACAGAAAUGCUGCAAGGAUUGUUAGCCCCGAUGCCGAUAGAGGCAAAGGAAGGCAUGAAGAAGCAACUCAAUCUACUAGGUACUUUUGGUCAGCCAGAGGACAUUGCUGAAGCGUAUGGCUGGAUUAUGAAGGAUCGCUUUGUGACAGGCACUGAAAUAGCUGUAGAUGGUGGACAGAUGCUUUUAAGCAAAUAG